UGAGAUGCGCCUAUCACCGAGCACCUCAGUGAAGAAAUGAAAGAGAAAGUAAAACUUAACAGGGAAGUUAGUCCAUUAUCGUGCUAGUCGUUGAGGCUAACUUACAGGCAUGCUGUUUCCUUGUUUUUCAUACUAAAAUAGAGGAGAGUUACAGAUUAAAGGAGGUCUAAAGGUGCAAUAAGUGUUUUCAGGUUCAUUUAAGGUCACCAGGAGCAAAAUGUCCCGCGGAUCCAACGCUGGUUUCGACCGACACAUCACCAUAUUUUCACCAGAGGGCCGCCUUUACCAAGUCGAGUAUGCCUUCAAAGCCAUUUCCCAGGGUGGUUUGACAUCAGUGGGGGUCCGGGGGAAAGACAGCGCUGUGGUGGUAACACAGAAGAAAGUACCAGACAAGCUGCUGGACUCUACUACCAUCACCAACAUGUUCAACCUGACCCCUCGCAUCGGCUGUGUGAUGACUGGACAUAGUGCGGACAGUCGCUCUCAGGUUCACCGGGCGAGAGUGGAGGCGGGGGAGUGGAAAUAUAAGUUUGGUUAUGAUAUCACAGCGGACGUACUGUGCCGCAGGAUGGCCGAUAUCUCGCAGGUGUACACGCAAAACGCCGAGAUGAGGCCUCUUGGCUGCUGUAUGAUCCUGGUGGCUGUGGACCCCCAGCAGGGCCCCGUGCUGUAUAAAUGUGACCCAGCAGGCUAUUACUGUGGCUUCAGGGCCACGGCGGUCGGGGCCAAACAGACGGAGGCCAACAGCUAUCUGGAAAAGAAACUGAAGAAGAAGCCUGAGCUGAACCAGGACAGGGCUGUACAGUUGGCAAUCUCCUGUCUGUCCUCUGUCCUGUCCACGGACUUUAAGUCCAGUGAGCUGGAGGUGGGCAUCGUCACCAGAGAUCAACCUAAGUUCAGGACUCUAUCAGAGGCAGAGAUAGAGGCCCACCUGGUUGCCAUAGCAGAGCGGGAGUAAAGGUGCCCACACUGACUUCAGACCAUUCUUCAUGAUAGUAUUUCUAGUUUUGCUGUUUUUGAAUCAAUCCAUGUAACAGCAGCGUUACUAACUGAGGCUAUCCCAGGAGUACAGCACACUACCUUCACCUGGUGUGUUUGGUGUUUGUUAUGAUGUAUUGAUUCAGUAUGGCUUCCCCAGACAGUUUCGGUGGGUGUAUUUAUAGUGGACAUAGUGUACCAAAGUUUUAAUGCCUUACAUAGUCGUGAAUUGACUAGGAAUAUGAAACUGUCUCAAAGGAAUGUCAAGCUUAAGUGGACAGCAGUAACAUUCAGUCUUCAUCCUUUGCAUCAUACUUUCAUAUUUGAUGAAAUACAGAAUUAUUUGGACACUAGGUUACUUUGUAUGGCUUGCUUUGUUUUUGUUUGGGUGUCUUCAAACUCAGUUUAUACUGUACAAUACAUUCAUCACACUGCUCUUGUAGUCAUCUCCAAAUUUCAAAUUGCAAUAAAAAAAUGU